UGCUGGGCUUCAGUGAUGUUGGCCAAUGGAAAAGAACAGGUGAUCAAGUCCUGUGUGUCUCUGCCAGAACUGAAUGCUCAAGUCUUCUGUCAUAGUUCCAACAACGUUACCAAAACGGAAUGCUGCUUCACAGACUUUUGCAACAACAUAACGCUGCACCUUCCAACAGCAUCUCCAAAUGCCCCCAAACUCGGACCCAUGGAGCUGACCGUUGUCAUUACUGUGCCAGCUUGCCUCCUGUCCAUGGCAGCGGUGCUGACAAUCUGGGCAUGCCAAGGUCGACUGUGCACAAACAGGAAGAAAAAGAGACAGAAUGUGGAGGAGCCCCUCUCUGAGUGCAAUCUGGUAAAUGCUGGAAAAACUCUAAAAGAUCUGAUUUACGAUGUGACUGCCUCUGGAUCUGGCUCUGGUCUACCUCUGUUGGUUCAAAGAACAAUUGCAAGGACGAUCGUACUUCAGGAGAUAGUGGGAAAAGGUAGAUUUGGUGAGGUCUGGCAUGGAAGAUGGUGUGGGGAAGAUGUGGCUGUAAAAAUCUUCUCCUCCAGAGAUGAGAGAUCUUGGUUUCGGGAGGCAGAAAUUUAUCAGACGGUCAUGCUGAGACAUGAAAACAUACUUGGUUUCAUUGCUGCUGAUAACAAAGAUAAUGGAACUUGGACUCAACUUUGGCUUGUCUCCGAAUAUCAUGAACUGGGUUCCUUAUAUGACUAUUUGAAUAGAAAUAUAGUGACCGUGGCUGGCAUGAUCAAACUGGCCCUUUCGAUAGCUAGUGGUCUGGCCCACCUACAUAUGGAGAUUGUUGGUACACAAGGUAAACCUGCUAUUGCUCAUCGAGAUAUAAAAUCAAAGAAUAUCUUAGUGAAAAAAUGUGAAACUUGUGCAAUAGCAGAUUUGGGGCUGGCUGUGAAGCAUGAUUCAGUACUGAACACGAUUGACAUACCUCAGAAUCCUAAAGUGGGAACCAAAAGGUAUAUGGCUCCUGAAAUGCUUGAUGAUACAAUGAAUGUGAAUAUCUUUGAGUCCUUCAAACGAGCCGACAUCUAUUCUGUUGGUCUGGUUUAUUGGGAAAUAGCCCGAAGGUGUUCAGUUGGAGGAAUUGUUGAGGAGUACCAGUUGCCUUACUAUGACAUGGUGCCUUCAGAUCCCUCAAUAGAAGAAAUGAGGAAGGUUGUUUGUGACCAGAAGUUUCGACCAAGUAUCCCAAACCAGUGGCAAAGCUGUGAAGCACUCCGAGUCAUGGGGAGAAUAAUGCGGGAGUGUUGGUAUGCCAAUGGGGCAGCCCGCCUAACGGCCCUUCGUAUUAAGAAGACUAUCUCUCAACUUUGUGUCAAAGAAGACUGCAAAGCCUAA